GCUUUUGACAGUCCGGCAACAUUGGGUGUCUAACAUUAAAAACGCGCUAAUUUAAGUCUGUUGUUUGAAAAAUUCUACGCCGAUCAUGGAAGAUUUCGAGAAAAUUGAGAAGAUCGGAGAGGGCACAUAUGGUGUGGUGUAUAAAGGACGAAACCGGGUAACGGGGCAAAUAGUCGCUAUGAAGAAAAUUCGUCUGGAAUCGGAUGAGGAAGGCGUCCCUUCGACAGCAAUCAGGGAAAUUUCAUUGCUAAGAGAGUUAAAACAUGAAAACAUUGUCUGCUUGGAGGACGUUCUGAUGGAGGAGAACCGCAUAUAUCUAAUCUUUGAAUUCCUCUCGAUGGACCUUAAAAAGUACAUGGACUCGCUCCCGGCGGACAAGUAUAUGGAGACUGAUUUGGUCAGGAGUUACUUGUACCAGAUAACGAGUGCUAUUCUCUAUUGCCACCGUCGCCGUGUGCUACAUCGUGAUCUGAAGCCACAGAAUUUGUUGAUUGACAAGAACGGCCUGAUAAAGGUCGCUGACUUUGGGCUGGGACGAUCCUUUGGCAUUCCUGUACGGAUCUACACGCACGAGAUCGUUACACUGUGGUACCGGGCACCGGAGGUCUUGUUAGGCUCUCCUCGAUACUCCUGUCCGGUCGACAUAUGGUCCAUUGGUUGCAUAUUCGCUGAGAUGGCAACGAGGAAACCGCUGUUUCAGGGCGACUCGGAAAUCGAUCAACUAUUCCGAAUGUUUAGAAUUCUCAAAACUCCAACUGAAGACAUUUGGCCAGGCGUAACCUCACUUCCCGACUAUAAGAAUACAUUUCCCUGCUGGUCGAACAAUCAAUUAACCAACCAGCUGAAGAAUCUCGAUGCCAACGGUAUUAAUCUCAUCCAGAAAAUGCUAAUCUACGAUCCUGUUCACCGCAUUUCCGCCAAUGAUGUACUGCAGCAUCCCUACUUUGAUGGGUUCCAGACAGGUUUUGUAAAGAAAUAAUGUGUGUGUGUAUGUGUUGUCUUCUGUGUUUGAAAUCUAUAUAAGUUAAGCAGAAACGAAAGUAAUCUUUACAUUUUCCGAAAACUAAACCAUAGAAUUAAAUGUGUAAACAAUGUU